GGCGUAUUGCUGGACUUGACAAGGAUGGAUGGAGUCAUGGAGGUCUCGUUCACAGCCUCUGAAGCCGUUGUACAAAUAUACGUUUUCCACCUGUAGUAACGCCUUCUGCGACGUGACCUUAACCGCAUGAAAGGCGCCUCUCCAGCGUACACGCGCCUUUGCGGAUAGGCUGCUCUUCUUCCCCGCUGAGACAGUCCGGGACGCCGGCAGGGUGCGCCCCCACGAGUUCGCGAGCCUCACCCAAUCUCCCCCUACUUCCCUCUCUUCUUCGCCAUGGCCAUCUCUCCGUUCCGGUGCAUAUGUGGGGCCCAGCACUCCCUAAGCAAGGACCGUGGCGCGCCCGCCCCUUCUCUUGGCAAGAGAUCCAAAUACUCGGGACAGUCUGUGGAUAAGGCAAAAGCUUGCUGAAAGAUGCCUUGUGAAAGAGCGAUGCCUAUGCGUUUGUUAACGGUUGGAAAGAAGAGGUCUCGAGGGACACAGCUUCUUGUUGAAGAAUACAAAGAGAAGCUCGGAUACUACUGCGAUUUUGAAGACACCCUUAUCAGGCCCAACCCAAAACUUACAAGUGAUGUUAAGGUUCAAGUUGAAGCAGAAGACACAGCUAUGAUGCAGCAACUCAAACCUGAAGAUUUUGUGGUUGUGUUGGAUGAAAACGGGAAGGAUGUCAUAUCUGAGCAGAUAGCUGAUCUGAUUGGGGAUGCUGGCAACACAGGAUCAUCAAGGCUUACAUUUUGUAUUGGUGGACCAUAUGGUCUUGGGUUACAAGUGAGACAGCGUGCAGAUGCAACCAUUAGGUUGUCCUCAUUAGUUUUGAAUCACCAGGUUGCUUUAAUUGUUCUAAUGGAGCAGCUCUACAGGGCAUGGACUAUAAUAAAAGGACAGAAGUAUCACCAUUAAGCUAAUGUGUUCUCAUCUCAUCAUCAUCCACUGCUAUUUGAACAGAUUAAGACUUGGGAAUGGAAGACUGUGCAUGCAUAAAUUUGCAGCAUGGCAUGGACAGCGUACAGACAAGAUAAAAAUUUGCUAGGUUAUUUACUGGUUACUACAUGCUUCAAGUUGUAAGCAAGAAAGGCCUCGUGCAGCCUUACCAAGGAACAUAUGCCAUCUGCAAGUGAAGUUUUGCAAAAAGAAUGGCACACAAGCCCUGCGAAGAGAAUGGCAGACGAGAACAGCUAAAAUCGAGAUAAACCAUGUCAUAGGAUUUAGUUCCUCUUCUAUUGUGAACAUAGAGAAUGAGCAGAGAGAACAGACAUCUCUUAUCAAUUUGUGGUGUUAUACUUCAAAACAAGGGAACAAAACACAGAAAAUCCUUUCUUGAUGCUGAAUGUAUGCCUGCACAACACUCCCUCCGUCCCAUGAAGAGUGCAAUUCUAAGUCUUUUUAGACAGAUUAGUGGUGACUUGAAUGUACUUUUAUACCCUCAUUUGUUUGCCAUAUGUGGUUAGUUUUGAUAUGCAAAUCAAAUCUGACUACUUAAUUAGGUAGGUAGUUGAGAUCCAAUUUCUAGGGUUGCACUCUUUGUGGGAUUUUUUUCAAACGCAGGAUUGCACUUUUCAUAGGACGGAGGAAGUAGACUGUAUUGAUUUAUCAACAAAAGCAGCUGAAAAUGGUAA